CACCAGAGCAUAAUAAAGCCCUGUGUGGUGACGCGUCACAGGGCCGAUUUUGCGUGGAGUGUGUUGGCCGAGGCUGCUGGGACCGCCCCCGGCUGCACCUUGCGCUAUAUUAGUGCUCCUCAGACAGGAAGAAUUUUCUUUCGCUGCUGUAGCUUGUCCGGUUACCUUCAGGAAGAUUGGAUAAUCAAGAAAUGCUUAAUCAAGACUCUGCCGUACAUGUGAAAAUGAUGCCAGAAAUCCAGAAAAAUUCAGUUCACAUCAAGAACCCAUCAAGAGUAGAAGAAAUUAUCUGUGGUCUUAUCAAAGGAGGAGCUGCUAAACUUCAGAUAAUAACAGACUUUGAUAUGACAUUGAGUCGAUUUUCCUACAAAGGAAAAAGAUGCCCAUCAUGUCAUAAUGUCAUUGACAACUGUAAGCUAAUCACAGAUGAAUGUCGAGAAAAGUUACUACAACUAAAGGAAAAAUACUAUGCUAUUGAAGUUGAUCCUGUUCUUACUAUAGAAGAGAAGUACCCUUAUAUAGUAGAAUGGUAUACCAAAUCACAUAGCUUGCUUGUUGAACAGGCUUUACCGAAAGCCAAACUUAAAGAAAUUGUGGAAGAAUCUGACAUUAUGCUCAAGGAAGGAUAUGAGAAUUUCUUUGAUAAGCUGCAACAAUACGGUAUUCCUGUGUUCAUAUUUUCGGCUGGUAUCGGUGAUGUGCUGGAGGAGGUUAUCCGUCAAGCUGGUGUAUAUUACCCAAAUGUUAAAGUAGUGUCCAACUUCAUGGAUUUUGAUGACAAUGGGCUGCUCAAAGGAUUUAAAGGAGAACUAAUUCAUGUGUUUAACAAACAUGAUGGUUCCUUGAAGAAUACAGAAUAUUUCAAUCAACUAAAAAACAAUAGCAACAUAAUUCUCCUGGGAGAUUCCCAAGGGGACUUAAAAAUGGCAGAUGGAGUAGCCAAUGUGGAACACAUCCUGAAAAUUGGGUAUCUAAAUGAUAGAGUGGAUGAGCUUUUAGAAAAGUACAUGGACUCUUAUGAUAUUGUUCUAGUAAAAGAUGAGUCACUGGAUGUAGCCAAUUCUAUCUUACAGAAGAUUCUAUAAACAACCAUUCUUCAAGAAGACCUCUCACCUAUGGGUGCAAUUGAUGAAAGAGCUGCUCAUCUGUUCAUCUGGCUAAAAGACUUUUUUUAAUUUAUAAUAUAUUCUUGCUCUUGAAGUUUUUCCUCUGUAUUACUCAAGUAUUUUCAGAUUUGUUGAAUCCAUCAACUGGAAGUUCCUAUUUCUCCACCUCUCUCAACACACUCCUCACUAUAUAUUUUUUAACAAAUUUUUAAAAAUUCUUAGAGCUAAAAUUGGAAAAAUAACCCCCUACAUUUCGAGAGUGACUUUUGUAGCUUAAUGUUAUUAUGACAUUUUCGAGGAAUCUUUUUACAUUGGGAAAGUUUAUAGAAGAUUUAAAAGUUUUAUGAAAUGAUGAAAUAAUGUGCAUGAUUUUAAGUAUUAUCAUUUUUAUAAUUUGUGUGUAUUACGCUGAUGGUAUUAAUCAUCUCCUAAAACUUACAUUUAGUUCUUUUGUUUGGUGAAAAUCAGUAUUUACCAAAAAAUAUUGGCAGUUAAUGUUUGAAAAAUAUCCAUUGGUAUCGACAUGUCACUAAUCAUUACAGAAUGUUCUGUAUCAAAGCACUGAUGAUAAACAUGAAAUGAAAAGCC